AGAAUCCAGUGCCUUUGAAUGUUGGAAACCGGAGAGUAACAGCGUUAUGUUUCUACGGUCCAUGCACCGUCAAACAGUGCUGUCUACAAUUUACAGCGACGCAAUGAACACCAGCUCAGUAUUACUAGGUGCACUAUAGCACAGUGAUUUUACCUGAUGACAUCUAAAUCAAAGGCCCAGCUGGCACCGCUGCCAUGGACAGAGAUCCUUGCGUAUUGGGUGCUGUCCUUUGGCUCGCAUCUGUACUCUUUCUACCAUCUGCACAAGUUCUCUAAAGAGCACGAAGCAGGAUUAGAGAGAGAAUUCCAGUUGGAUAAAGGCCUUCUUAAGGAUUUUAAAAGGGACCCAUCAGACUUUGAGUGGAGUUUCUGGACUGAAUGGGCUAAGAAGUCUUUACUGUGGACCCUGACCGGUCAUGGUGUCAUAUCAAGACUGACCAGCAUCUUUUACCCCAAGCUUCGGAUUCCAGCACUCACAAUAUAUGGCCUCUUGGCAGCCAGCAGCGUGUUGGGGGUUAAAGGUGUGAGUGUGUUGCUGGUACAUCUGGGCCUGUCCUUUUCAGUGGCCCAACUGCGAAAGCCCUCUCUGUCAUGGGCAUGUAACCUGCUGCUGCUCUCCACACUUCACAUCCAACCACUACAAGAGAUCCAGAGAAGCUGGUACAGGACAGAGGAGGAGUACUAUCUGCUGCUCUUCAGUGUUGCUGUCUGUGGUCUGCGCUUCAUCAGCUUCAGCCUGGAGCAUUGCUGGCGUCCUCCAGACCAUGGUGGAGCUGUGCAGCUCUGUUGGUUGUUUUCAUACACCUUCUAUCAUCCUUUUUUCUACAAUGGACCCAUUAUCUCAUACAAAGACUACAUUGAGCAGAUGCGAAGGCCUGCUGAGGAGAGUGACAGGGACAAAUCUGCUUUGAGUUAUUUGGUGCUCAGGUCAGGACGGAUCAUACUGUGGUGGUGCAUUGCAGAAUACAUGAUCCAUGUAAUGUACAUGCACUCCAUCCAGUCUAAUGAGACCUACUUAGAAAUUCUUCCUCCUUGGGCCUUGGGCGGUCUGGCCCUGGCCCUCGUCCAGUUCUUCUAUGUAAAGUAUCUGGUUCUGUUUGGCCUUCCAUCCAUGCUGGCUACUUUGGAUAAACUAGUACCCCCAAAGCUUCCUUGCUGUGUCAGCAUCAUGUACAGCUUCACAGGGAUGUGGAGGCACUUUGACGAGGGGCUGUAUCGAUGGCUCAUCAGAUACAUCUAUGUGCCAUUGGGAGGUUCGCGACAUGGCCCUCUUUACAAAAUGUUAUCCACUGGCCUUGCGUUUGGAUUCGUCUGCCUCUGGCACGGUGGCCAUGACUACUUACAGUACUGGGCCCUGAUGAACUGGGCUGGAGUUCUGGUGGAAAACGGAUUGAAGUCUCUCUUUGCUUCAUCCUUUAUUCACUCCAUUGUUGAGCAGAAUUUCUCUGCAACAAUGAAAAGACGUUCCAUUGCCCUUCUCUCUGCCUUCUCCACUGCCAUGCUCAUCCUGUCUAAUCUGGUGUUCCUUGGGGGGAUACAUGUUGGCAAAAUCUUCUGGAAGCGUGUCUUCAUUCAAGGCUGGUCUACCAUGGCCCUGCCUAUGCUGGCUUUCCUCUACUGCUUUGCUCAGGUUGGACUUGAAUGGACUUCUCGCCCACCAUGAGUCACCUUGACUCUGUAUCGGAGUGAGAAUCUGUGCUGCCGGACAAACCAGAACUACAGUGCCUUGUUCUCACCACCCGGGUUCUCUGUGGAGAAUGUGGCUCACAGCCACAGAACCUGUCCAGAUCUGGCUGAAGUGCAGCUGAGCAGCCGCUUUCCACAACCUGCAGGACCAGGCAAAAUCCGUCUGUAAGCUCAGACUUAAAGGAUCAGUGUUGAUUCUCUCUAAGGAGAGAGUUUCCUGUACUUCAUGGAAAAUUUAAGUGCACAUAAACUGUAACUAAAUGAGUGUGAUGUUGUAAAUUCAGGGCAGUCUCUAAUAUAAGUCAUAUUUUGCCUUGGCUGUGUUGAGGCAUGUUUUAUAAUAAGCUGCCAUGAAUCACUGUUAUUCUAAGAAACUGUAAAGGGAAAUAUGGACGUUGAAUCUGUGUUGGUUAUAUGACUCUGAUAAGGUAUUGCUCAGUGGUGCGGUAAGCUGGAGAAACGCUGAUUUCACAUUUACUGUCCUCUAUCAGCUCGGCUACAAAAACAGCUGUGUAUUCAGAGGCGGUCAGUGGGCACAGAAGACUGAAUAGAGCAGCAGGGACCUGAUCAGUGUCAUUAUUUCCCUGUAGGAUGACUCUAAUAUUAGUUGAUGUAUUGUUUACACUAGCUUUUUAAUUCAGCACAAACUGGAAUGCAGAGGAAACCAGAUUUCGGAGUGAGGAUUUAAAAAACAGAUUUCCCAUACAUUGAGAAACUCCUUCAGCCUUUCUCAAAUCAACUCAUAAAACUCCUCCAGAACUCAUUGUCAACUUUGCUGAAAGACUUUUUCAGCAGCUUUUACAGAGAGGUUCUGUGAGUAUUUGUAAAGGGUAAGUUGCUGUUCCACAUUCUUCAACAAAUCCCAUUAAAAGAUCAAAACCAACAAUGUGUUCAUCAGUUUCUCAAUAACUUAUGAAAUCCCUGCACUGUCUAUAGCACUCAGCCUCAAGUCCACUUACCCCCCUCUCCUUCCUCCCUAGACAAGACUCAAAUUGUAACGGACAUUUAUUUUAACAUAUAUAGGAAAUAAAAAUCUGAUUAUUCGAUAAUGUUAAAAAUCAUUAUUGGCAGAUUAAGUGAGGGUCAACCGAUUUUUAACCAGCGAGUUGAUGUUUAGUUCUUGGUGAUAAUUUCUUGAGAGUGCUGGAAUCUGUGCUUUACAUUUAAGAUCACAAUAAAUAAUUUACUCUGUAACACAGU